AUGUUAAUAAAUAAGAGAUUUACUUUUAUUUUUUAUAAGUCUUUGCAAAGUGCAAAAAAACUCAUAUUCUUAUAUCGGUUCUAUAGUAUAUCGAAAUUUGGGAUUGCGUUGAUUUUGGGUUUUAACAUAACUUGUGAAUCAGAUUAAAUUAUGAAUUGGCUAGCAAUUUUAGAACUGCAUUCGAUUUUAGCAUAUUUCUAUUACACCAAAUUAUAUCAAUCCUUGAACAACAUAGUAAUGUAAAUAAGCAUUCUAGGAAAUUGUAUUUGAAAUAGCAGAUAGUUUAAACCAUGCAAUAUAAUUUGAAGAGGGACACUUUCAACCUUAACCCUAGGAGAAUCAACCUUUUGAAUUUGUGGUGACUACUAAUCAAGACCCGAAUAUCUUUAUGAGUUUUGAAGAAACAGAAAGGAGAUAACUCAUCCUUACCGAAUAAAUCAAAUCUGAAGUUGCUUAAAGGAAUAGAACCAUCCGAUGUGUGCAUUAUUUUAAUGCAUUAUUGAAUCAAGCACUGAUUUUUUGGGCAUUUUACAUAUAAAUGAUUAUGGAGCCUCUAGAUGCUUGCUACUACAAUUUGGCCACUUUUCAAAAGAUGUUUUUAAUAAUAUCAUUGUAUUAAUAUUGGGAAGGGUACAUCUUAUGUUUAAUACUAUUGAUAUCACUACCAUUCAUUCUAUUGAUGAUAUUAUGGAACAAGUUGAAGUAACAAAAAUAGAAUUAUGAGAAUCAGCAAAUAUUGAACGAACUCAUAAAAAAAUAAAAAGUGAUCUAUCAGAAUGAUAAUAUAUAAGGGGAUCAAGAAUGCGGAAUUUGCUUACAAGUAUAUAGUAGAAAUGAAGAAUUGUUAAUCCUUCCUUGUAAUUAGUAACAUCAUUUCCAUAUGCAUUGUAUAAAGGCUUGGCUAAUUUUAAACUUUAGUUGCCCAAAGUGUAGAUCAAAGAUAAAUGAAAUUAGAAAUGCCUAAGAAACAAGUAUUUUAUGAUAUUUUUAUUUAUGUUAU